AUGUUUGGAUUUUAUUGUUCUAAACAUGUGUUUCACUUGGUGUUCUUGGAUCUGCCACGUGAAGAAAAUGAAAUGUGUGUAAAUUAUAAUGAUCAACACCCUAAUGGCUUAUUCCUCUUCUGUCUCCAAUGUUGACUAAAGAGACCCAGAAUUGAUUCCCCAAGACACACUAUGGCAAUUUUUGCUGUUGGAAGCUUGAACCCCAUUUUUGGGACAGAAGCAGCUGUGACUUCAAUUGUUGGACUUUACCUUCAAACUCAAAACCCUGGAAUAUGUCCUAUUCCAUGUUUUUAGAUAUUAGAUCCUCUACCUCCAUAUGAAAAAAUGCCAAAAAAUAGCCAGUUUUAG